GAGACAGAGUAAGCCUGUACAUUCACAACCACCCGUUCCAGAGAAGAGUUGGUACUAUGGGUGGCAGGCAGCAACUCGCUGGUCUCCUGCUGCUUUUAUUUAUGCUGUGGGUCCUAGAGCAGCCUUUGUGGCCCGCAGCCCUGGCCCUGGCCCUGCGUUGGCUCCUGGGGGACCCCACAUGCUGCAUACUGCUUGGCCUGGCUGUGCUGGUGCGACCCUGGCUCAGCCCCUGGAUGCCCCACUGGGUGAGCCUGGCAGUUGCGGCCAUUGCGCUGAUGCUGCUACCCCCGCGGCCACCUCCAGGACUACGCUGGCUGCCUUCAGACAUUUCCUACGUGCUCAAGGCUACCUAUUUAAACCUGCGGGUUAGGCGACGCUUCAAUCGGCAGCCUCCUGACACCUUCGUGGAUUCCUUUGAGCGGCAGGCACAAGUACACCCUGGCCAUGUGUCUUUGGUGUGGACAGGCCCUGGGGCUUGCUCUAUCACCUUCAGUGAGUUGGAUGCCAGGGUUUGCCAGGCAGCAUGGACUCUGAAGGAUCAUCUGGGCAGCUCCACUGGCCUAAUUGCUGGGGAGCCUGUUGCCCUCCUGGUACUGGCCUCUCACACCAUUCCUGGUCUGAGUCUGUGGCUGGGGCUGGCCAAGCUGGGCUGCCCAGUGGCCUGGAUCAACCCACAGAUCCGUGGGCUCCCACUGGUACACUCUGUGCUGGCUUCUGGGGCCAAGGUGCUGCUGGUGGACCCAGACCUCCAGGAGAACCUGGAAGAAGUGCUUCCCAAACUGCAGGCCGAGAACGUCCAUUGCUUCUACUUUAGCCCUAGCUCCCCUACACCAGGGGUGGGGGCUCUGGGAGCUGCCCUGGAUACUGCAUCGUCCAAGCCAGUGCCUGCUGACCUGCGUGCCAAGAUCACCCGGAAGAGCCCUGCUGUGUACAUCUACACUUCAGGGACCACUGGGCUCCCAAAGCCGGCUAUUGUCACACAUGAGAAGGUCCUGCAGAUAAGCCAAAUGCUACCCUUGUGUGGGGUCACACCUGAUGACGUCGUGUAUGUGGUCCUGCCUCUGCAUCACACAAUGGGCCUUAUUCUUGGGCUCCUGGGCUGCUUAGAGCUUGGAGCCACCUGUGUCCUGGUGCCCAAGUUCUCCGCCUCCAGCUUCUGGAGUGACUGCCGGCAGCAUGGCGUGACUGUGAUUCUGUAUGUGGGUGAGGUUCUGCGGUACCUGUGCAAUGUUCCCCAGCAACCAGAUGACAAGAUACACUCAGUCCGCUUGGCGAUUGGCAAUGGACUCCGGGCAAACGUGUGGAAGACCCUCCAGCAGCGCUUUGGUCCCAUCCGGAUUUGGGAAGCUUAUGGCUCCACUGAGGGCAAUGCUGGCUUCAUCAACUAUCCAGGGCAUUGUGGGGCCGUGGGCAAGACAAACUGCUUUCUUCGAAUGCUGGCUCCUUUUGAGCUUGUGCAAUUUGACACUGAGGCAGCAGAGCCUGUGAGGGACAAGCAAGGAUUCUGCAUCCCUGUGAAGCCAGGGAAAGCAGGGCUCCUCCUGACUAAAGUACUACGCCACAAUCCCUUCCUGGGCUACCGCGGGCCCAAAGAACAAUCAGAACGGAAACUGGUGCGACAUGUGCGACAAGAAGGCGAUAUUUACUACAACACCGGGGAUGUACUGAUCAUGGACCAGGAAGGAUUCCUCUACUUCCAAGACCGACUUGGAGACACCUUCCGAUGGAAGGGUGAGAACGUGUCUACUCGGGAGGUGGAGGGCGUGCUGAACCUUGUGGACUUCCUGCAGGAAGUGAAUGUCUAUGGUGUACCUGUGCCAGGGUGUGAAGGCAAGAUAGGCAUGGCGGCUGUGAAGCUGGCCCCUGGCCGGACUUUCAAUGGGCAGGAGUUGUACCAGCAUGCCCGUGCCUGGCUCCCAACUUAUGCUACUCCACAUUUCAUCCGCAUCCAGGACACCCUGGACAUCACGAGCACCUUCAAGCUGAAGAAGUCUCAGUUGGCGCAAGAGGGCUUCAACGUGGGGAUCAUUGGUGACCCCCUGUUUAUACUGGACAACCAGGCCCAGGCCUUUCGGCCCCUGACAGCAGACAUGUUCCGGGCUGUGUGUGAGGGGACCUGGAAGCUCUGACCACCCAGUCAUCCCCAGGACAUCUGAAGAAGCAGGGACCAAUGCUGAUCCCAACUCUGUGGCUGCUAUGCAUUCCAGCCUGGCCCCACAGUUAGAAAUGACAUGGGGCCUGUUAGCAUAGCAACAAUAAAUUUGAAUGU